AGGCUCUUAGCCUUUGAUUGGCAUUGUUGGCAGAAAACACUACAACUGUCAGCGUUUGAGCUGCGAGCUAGUGACUUAUAAGUACUGCAACGAUGUCUACGUUCACCAUACGCAACUUCCGCAACUCACUGUUACGACGGACCUUGCACACCACUCCAAUUCGCCAGGUCGACCGUCCAACGGCGUUCACGAACAUGCUUGCAGGGGAUAUUCCGCCCCCCGUGCAAGUUAGUUCCAUAACAUCAGCAGGUAUCCAGCUUGCAGACGGACUCAUCCUUCCAUCUGCAUGCAUCUUCCUGGAUGGAAAAGUCUUCUUGUGGGACGUUCCCCCGCGUCUAUGGGAUGGUUGGAAUCGCGAGCAUUGGAGUGUGUUUGAGACUGUUGUCCCGAAACCAGAAAUCUUGGUCUUUGGUACUGGGAGACGCAUGGAACUUCCACCGCCAAGUAUAAGGGGUUAUUUGAAGGAAUUGGGAAUACAGCUUGACAUUAUGGAUACGAGAAACGCAUGCUCGACGUAUAAUUUACUCGCGGAAGAGGGCCGGCGGGUGGCUGCUGCGCUGCUCCCAUACACUCCGCGCCCAUGGCGGUCAUAAUACUGUCUGCAGUAUAUUCAUGACCUGACCACACCUCUGCAUGCUCUUCGUAGUAUAUCCUUGCAAUUUAAUAUUCAGAACUUCAGUACGACGUUGGAUACCUAUUCUGAUGGCGCCUUGCGUUUGCCUUUGCUCGCUGGAACCUCUUCCUCCUCGUCAUCAACGAGAGAAGGCUGGGAGACUUCAACUGGCAUCAAAUUGCC